UUCAAUAAAGUGACGUCUUUGUUUCAUUGUUUUCAGGCAGGUCGAAGUUGCCAGAAGAAUAUAGGAGUCAGGGUGAUACCGGAAGCUCCUGUCAAAAAGUCUUACCUGUCACCUGUCUGACUUGACCACCUCCGUGGUACACGCAUGAUGAUGAGGGUGUCUCCCGGUCUCCACUGGAUUUAACUCAUCACUGGGGGGAUUCCUCACCGGACUCAGUUGUAUGCGGACGCGCACCGUCUCGGUCUGACUCAGACAGCCGCCGUCAUGUUCACCGGGAUGCGGACGGAGAACCGGGGGGACUCGGGGGUCCUGGAUGCUGCGGCUGUGAGGCAGCAGAGGAGGCUGAAACAGGCGAUCCAGUUCCUCCAUAAAGACUCCGCUGAUCUGCUGCCUCUGGAUGGACUGAAGAAGCUCGGGACAUCAAAACAAGGGCAGCCACAUCAUAUUCUGCAGAAGCGUCUGCUGGAGGCCAAACUGUCCCGGGGGAGGAUGAACAUGUGCGGAGUAACACCAAACAACGGAGGGCUCCUUCUGAGUCGUAGCCGUUUCAAUUCACAUGAGGAUGAGGAAGAAGAGGAGGAAGAUUUCAUUUAUGUGCCCGGCAAGUGUUUAGGACAGGAAGUGAAUGUGCUGAUCGACACAGGCUGCAAACUGAACCUGAUGUCCUCGCUGACUGUGGAGAGAUUAGGUUUGAAAGAGCUGGUCGAGGAGAACAAAAUGGAGAUGAAUGGUUUUCCGUUUCAGCGGAAGCUCUGCAUCGACGGCCUCAUCAAGGAGCUCAGUCUAAACAUCGGACAACUCAGGAUAAUGUGUUCAUUCGCCAUAAUGGAAAGUAACAGGCCACUGAUGUCGCUGGGAAACAAAACACUAAAGUCACUCGAGUGUGUAAUUGACACUGAGAAGCAGAUGUUGGUGUUUGGGACAGCCGUGAGGGAGCAGGUUCAGUUCACCAAAAAUCUGUUCAGCAAAAGCUCCUCUGACUUCAGAGACCUGGGAUACUGAUCUUACCACCACCAACACACACAUACAGUGACCAAAAGCAAUAGAAAUACUCUUUACUCUUACAACUAGAUGCCUCAUUGGGGGAACUUCUGAUAUCUCACCUCAUAAAUUUUCUGUUUGCUGCAUUCAUGAGUCAGGACAUCCACACUGACGUCACUUAUUUUAACAUAAAGGCAACAAGUUCCUCAUGUAGCACUAGCAAUGAAUAGCAUCAUUGUAGCAUAGAGUAUGGUAUUGUAUUAGUCUGUCACUACAGUAGUAGGUGUUGUAGUGCUUAAAGAUUCUGAUAGAAUUGUGAUUUAAAGCUCAUGUAUUCUACAAGUUACUCUUGUAUCUUUACAUUUAUAUUAAAAUCAGUCUCGGAGAGCAGAAGUUGGAGGUUGUUGCUGACUAGCUUAGCACAAUCUACUGCAUACAGACCAGCUGUUUAUCUACUGUAUUUUAUAAUGUUGUAAAUGUAUUUUCUAGUCUGAGACAUGUAUUUGCAUUGAGGUCACUGCCUUUUAAUGUUUACAAAAUGAUGGUGUGACUGCAGCACUGGAUAUCAAAUAAAAUCCCAAAUGAUGUGA